AUGGAUCAACUCGACUUUCCCCGUGUUACCCAGUACUACCGUGAGAAGGUGGUGGAUCAUGCCAUCCACAUGAUUCCCAACAACAACAUCCCCACCCUAUCCAAACAGAAGGUCACUGGCAACAAGGUCUUCAUCAAGAACAUGAAGAAAGUGAUCAGAUACUACAACAAAGUGAUCAAGAAGCUCAGUCCCAAAUAUCAUCCGCAAGAAAUCAGCAAGCUCGAGAAAGAGCGCGACAGCAUUCAGCAGACCUUGGAUGACCCAAAUGAUAUUAGACUGCGAAUCCUCAAGAACCUCGAAGCCGAUUUCGUAGCUAGGGAUGUCUACGCCCCGGAUCUUGAUAACGAAUCGGAUGCGGAUGACCAAGACGAUGCGCAACCCGAGUCCGCCACAAAGGUAGAACCCGCAACGGAGUCAAUCGAGGAGAAGGCCACCACAACUGAGUCAAUCCAGGAGAAGACCACUACCCCUGCACCAGUUGAAGCUUCCGGAGAGCUCCCAACCGACGAAGCCUCUGCCAAUCUCCGUACCGACGAAGCCUCUGCCAAUGUUGAUGAAGCACCACUGCGUAGAGAUGACGCCCAGCUCUCUGUUGAAGCACCUGCAGGUCCCGUUGUCGAUUCUCUCCAGCGCGAAAAGGAACCCCUCCAGGCAAACGAUGCGCCAGUUUCAACUGAGAGACCUGCCUUCCCCGAUCCCAACUCUCUUCCAGCCAAUAAUCCUGGCGCAUGCCCAGAGGACAUCGACGAUGAAUGCUUUGCUCCUGCAGGAUGGCUCGCGGAUGUCAAUGCGGAGAAUGUGGCAGUUGCCCAAGACACUGAGGUUCCUGUUCCUGACACCCACGGCGAUAUAGGAGCCGCGACAACAUCAAAUGAGCCACAGGAGGACCCCGCUGCACGUGCCCUACGUUUAUAUUACGAGGAGAUCGCAGAAGAUGACUCCACCGACUACGAUGACUGGUUUGACGACUACGACGUCUCCUUCUCCACCGAAGAGUCUCCUGAUUCUGAUUCUGUGGAACAAACCUCGUCCGUGAACUCUGAUGCCUCCGUGCCCAAUGAGACUUCUGUCGAUGCUCCUGGACCGGCUACUCUUUGGGGCAUCUUGUCGUCUUCGAGCCCUGCGGAUGUCAGCCAUUCAGCGCCCGAUGUCGAAGCACUUAAGAGUCCCAUGCCCACUGACAUCAACGCUGGUAUUGGACAAGUCAGUCAAUUGCAACAUCCGGCCAUCAUCAACACCGAGACACCAUGUGAGACUAUUGACGACAACCUCAAGGAAGGCGGCUCGGAGCACCUCUCUCAUCAUGUCGCACCGCCAACUAAAUUGAUCUGUCAACUGCCCAUCCGCUCCAAGAGAGCGCUAGAGACUGCAUCGAACGCGUCGAUGCCUGCGAACGAACUCAAGACCAACUGUGAUCAGCCGAAAGUCUUGAGUGAGGAGACUCCCCUUGCUAGCGAUGUCGAAGCGCCAAUUGCCACGACUCCGGUGCUCCCUCCUCCUCACGAUAUUGUGGAAGCGACUGGAGAUGGAGUCCCGGUGCAACCACAAGCUGCCGCUGGAGAUACUGAGCAGCUUCAAGUUCAAGUUCAAGAAGAUGUUCCCGGACCCGCCACUCUGUGGGGAAUUCUAGCUUCCGAGCCUGCACCCGAUUGCAAGCAACAAAUUGAGGAUCCUCCUCUAUCAGUCAACCCUGCUUGCAGUUCUCUUACACCAAUUUCCCCGGAGAGCCCUGAAGUUGACGUCGCAGUUGCAGUCAGCAGCCCGGCCGAGUCAAGCUUUUCUGAAGACGCUUCGACCGCCAUUGAUGAACCCUGCUCAGGAUGUGGUAAAGAGGACUCGUCAUCCAAGGGAGACGAAAGCUCUAUUCUGCUUGGCUCCCCAUCAGCUAAGACAACCAAUGUUUCUGAAUCAACUGCUCUAAGCGCCCCGGCGACACCGGUCAAGGUUGAAGAAAACGACCAGAACGAGUUGAACUGUGAGGAGCUUGUGGAGGACCACCUCGAUUUCAGAAACAUUGGAACUCAUCUUGAUACGGAGGCCAUCGAAUAUGAAGCAACCAUGCCGGCCACAAUGCCGGAUCUCGCUCUCCAGACCACUGAGCCUUUGGAUGACGCAAAGGUGCCUGUAGUGGCUCUCUCUUCCAUCAAAGAAGAGCUCACCAUCCCUACUCCCACUGGUCCCAAGGCAGACGAAGUCCAGACAUCUGCAGACGCGACCCAGGCAGCUACCGAGCCCUACGAGCCACCCAAGUGGUCCCUUACACAUAUCUUCGGCUGUGCAGUGGCCAUUACCGUCCCUAUGGUCAUCAUCUACCCGACCAUUGGACUUCUUGGGGCUUAUGGUCUCAUUCGAUACGCGCGAAGUCAGUGCAAUUGA